CACACGUUACAAUCUAUGCAAACACAAACCUUUCAAAACGCUUUACACACCAACUUACCAACCCCCUUCAAAAAUCUCCCUCCUUUCCCCUUCUUCUCCUUCCCCUUUCCACAACAGAAAACGAAACCCUAACCGCCAUGGGCGAACUCGGUCGAAUCUCCGUCUACGACGCUCUCGGAGGUGGCGCAGUUGCGGAUACGUUGCUAUGGAGGAAAUGUUACGGAGGAGUUAUGCUGUUAAUUGGUUCAACUGUCAUGUGGUUUCUGUUCGAACGAGCAGGAUAUAACUUUUUAGCAUUUGUUGCUAAUACUUUGUUGCUUUUGGUUGUUAUUCUGUUUUUUUGGGCCAAAUCUGCGUCUCUUUUGAAUAGACCUUUGCCUCCGAUUCCGGAUUUGGAUAUAUCUGAAGAAUCUGUUCUUGUUGCUGCGGAUGAGAUGCGAGUUUGGGUUAAUAAGGGUUUAGCAACCUUACAUGAAAUUGCGGUUGAUGGGAACUUGAGAACUUUAUUAUUGGUUGCUGUUGGAUUAUGGUUGAUUUCUUUUAUUGGUAGUUUGUUUAACUUUCUUACACUGGUUUAUAUUGGGGUGCUUGUUAGUUUGUCGGUUCCUUUGCUAUACGACACAUUCCAGCCUCAAAUUGAUGAAAAGUUGAUAGUUGUGCACAAGAACAUGAGCGUGGUAUUCAAGAAAGUCGAUCUCAUAUUGCAAAACAUUCCAGUGUCUCAAAAGAAGCAAAAGAAGACCGAAUAGGCCAAUGGUUUCUUGUGCCAGAUACGCAAGAUCAAACCCUGGUCUAUUUGGUGAAAUCUAUAUCAAAGAAUCGACAAGCCAACAGAUCUCAGAAGUUUUUACUUUCUUUUUUGAUCUUGCUAUUAGAGGUUGUUAGAUUUCCUGUAAGUCUUUUGACACGUAUGUUCCACGAGAACCGGUUUAAGGCGUGAGUAUAUAUGUGAAUUACUUGUGACUGUUAGCCUG